UUCGACCAGACGAGUUGGCAACACUUAGACAGUCAAGCUGUCAAAGUCAAUGUCAAUCUCGUGGCAUUGGCCCGUUCCUCCUCACUCUUUCUUUUACGGGAGUGCGCCGACUGUGGCGUAUCGUAUUUUCUGUGUUCAAAGAAUAAAAUCUUGAAACAUCCAAUAUGGUGAACUUCACCGUAGACGAAAUCCGUGGCAUGAUGGACAAGAAGCGGAACAUCCGUAAUAUGUCCGUCAUUGCCCACGUAGACCACGGAAAAUCCACUUUAACCGACUCCCUGGUAUCUAAGGCCGGUAUCAUCGCCGGUGCCAAAGCUGGAGAAACCAGAUUCACUGACACCAGAAAAGACGAACAAGAAAGAUGUAUCACCAUUAAGUCAACUGCCAUCUCCAUGUACUUCGAGCUUGAAGACAAGGAUCUCGUCUUCAUCCAGAACCCGGACCAACGCGAGAAGGACGUCAAGGGUUUCUUGAUCAACUUGAUCGAUUCUCCCGGACACGUCGAUUUCUCCUCCGAAGUAACUGCCGCCCUUCGUGUAACUGACGGCGCCCUCGUGGUCGUCGAUUGUGUGUCAGGUGUGUGUGUACAAACCGAAACCGUACUGCGUCAAGCCAUCGCCGAGCGUAUCAAGCCGAUUUUGUUCAUGAACAAGAUGGACCGCGCCCUCUUGGAGUUGCAACUCGACUCCGAGGAACUCUUCCAGACCUUCCAGCGUAUCGUUGAAAACGUGAACGUCAUUAUCGCCACCUACAACGACGACAGCGGACCCAUGGGUGAAGUCAGAGUUGACCCCAGUAAAGGUUCAGUAGGUUUCGGUUCGGGUCUCCACGGUUGGGCCUUCACCCUAAAACAAUUCGCCGAGAUGUACGCGGAAAAGUUCAAGAUCGACGUGGUAAAACUAAUGAACCGUCUGUGGGGCGAGAGCUUUUUCAACGGCAAAACGAAAAAGUGGAGCAAACAAAAGGACGCGGAUAACAAACGGUCGUUCUGCAUGUACAUCCUGGACCCGAUCUACAAGAUCUUCGACGCGAUCAUGAAUUACAAGAAGGACGAGUACGAGUCGCUGAUCACCAAGUUGGGAAUCAAUUUGAAACACGAGGAUAAGGACAAGGACGGCAAGCAGCUGUUGAAGGUGGUGAUGAGGACGUGGUUGCCCGCCGGCGAAGCUCUGCUUCAGAUGAUCGCGAUCCAUUUGCCGUCGCCCGUGACCGCUCAAAAGUACAGGAUGGAAAUGUUGUACGAGGGACCGCACGACGACGAAGCCGCUAUAGCCAUCAAGACCUGUGACCCGAACGGCCCCCUCAUGAUGUACAUCUCGAAAAUGGUACCGACGUCGGACAAGGGCCGUUUCUACGCGUUCGGUCGCGUCUUCUCCGGUAAAGUGGCCACCGGGAUGAAGGCCCGUAUCAUGGGUCCCAACUACACCCCCGGCAAAAAGGAGGAUCUAUACGAGAAAGCGAUCCAAAGGACCAUUUUGAUGAUGGGCCGUUACGUCGAGGCAAUCGAGGACGUGCCGUCCGGCAACAUUUGCGGUUUGGUCGGCGUCGAUCAGUUCUUGGUCAAAACCGGCACCAUUACCACAUUUAAGGACGCACACAACUUGAAGGUGAUGAAGUUCAGCGUAUCGCCGGUCGUACGUGUGGCCGUCGAGCCAAAGAACCCCGCCGACUUACCGAAACUGGUCGAAGGUCUGAAACGUUUGGCCAAGUCCGACCCUAUGGUCCAAUGUAUCAUCGAGGAGUCGGGAGAGCACAUCAUCGCCGGUGCCGGUGAGUUGCACUUGGAAAUUUGCCUGAAGGAUUUGGAAGACGACCACGCCUGCAUCCCGAUCAAGAAGUCCGACCCGGUCGUCUCUUAUCGUGAAACCGUCAGCGAGGAAUCCGACCAGAUGUGUCUGUCCAAGUCUCCCAAUAAGCACAACAGAUUGUUCAUGAAGGCCCAACCGAUGCCCGACGGUCUCGCCGAAGAUAUCGACGACGGCAAAGUGAAUCCCCGCGACGAAUUCAAGGCGCGCGCCCGUUACUUGGGCGAGAAGUAUGACUACGACGUCACCGAGGCCCGUAAGAUCUGGUGUUUCGGUCCCGACGGUACCGGACCCAACAUUUUGGUCGACUGUACCAAGGGAGUACAGUAUUUGAACGAAAUCAAGGAUUCCGUCGUUGCUGGUUUCCAAUGGGCGACCAAAGAGGGCGUCUUGUCCGAAGAGAACUUGCGCGGCGUCAGAUUCAACAUUUACGACGUCACUUUGCACGCGGACGCCAUCCAUCGCGGCGGCGGUCAGAUCAUCCCCACCACUCGUCGUUGUUUGUACGCGUGUCUGCUUACCGCCAAACCUCGCCUCAUGGAACCCGUAUAUCAGUGUGAAAUUCAAUGUCCCGAAGUGGCCGUCGGUGGCAUCUACGGCGUACUAAACAGGAGACGUGGGCACGUGUUCGAAGAAAUGCAAGUCGCCGGCACGCCCAUGUUCGUCGUUAAAGCUUACCUGCCCGUAAACGAGUCGUUUGGUUUCACUGCCGACCUUAGGUCUAACACCGGAGGACAGGCCUUCCCGCAGUGCGUGUUCGACCAUUGGCAAAUCUUACCCGGAGACCCGUUGGAUACCGGAUCCAGGCCAUACACCAUCGUGCAAGACACACGUAAGAGGAAGGGUCUGAAAGAAGGACUCCCAGACCUUGCCCAAUAUCUGGACAAAUUGUAAACGGAGGGUCGUUAGGUUUUUUUUUUGUACAGAUACAAAUUAUUUAAGAAUUAUUAAUUAAAUUUUCCACCAUAUUUCCAAUAGUUUCAUUCUAUAAAGUUGGCAGGGUUUAAAUUAUUAUUAUUAUUAUUAUUAUUAUUAUUAUUUGAAAUGUUGUACUUUUUUUUUGUUGGCAACACCUUCCCUUUUGUGAUGUAGUUAUCUGAUAUAAUGGUGAUGAUGAGAGAUGUGAUGGCAAAAGUAAAUCCUAUAAAACAGGUCAAACGGUUUUUUAUUAUAAUUUUUUUUUCAUUUGACGAUGAUAGUAGGAUGUUCUUGUAAUAAGGAUACAAUAUAAUCGGGAAAAUGAAAUAAUUAUUAUUUCGUUGAACUGAUUAAUUAUUAAGAUAUAGGCGAUGAUUAUAUUUGUUUACUCAUUUUUAUGUAAUAAAUACUAAAUUUUUAAUUUU